UCAUAUUCAAGCGACCACAUUCGUUAGCUGUGGACCAAAAGCGGAGAGAAAAAUCCACAGGAAACUGAUUUCAGCAAACACGAUGGGUCCCAUUGAGCUCCUGCACAUGUCUGUGUUCUCGCAGAGUUUCUCUCCGUGUGGACGCUUUCUAGCAGCUGGGAACAACUACGGAGAGGUCGCGGUGUUCAGUCUUUCAGCUGCUCUGAGUCCUGAUGCAACAGACGCGAGUCAGAAACCCAUCCUCACCUUCACCGCCCAUGAAGGUCCCGUGUUCUCACUGCUGUCCACAGAUACUCACCUCCUCAGCUCAGGGAACGGAGAAAUCAGCGCCUGGAGCUGGGCGGAGCUCAGCAAAAAGAACACGAAAGCUGUUUGGACGAAGAGACCCAAUUACAAGUCCAGUCUGGAAAUCCCAGAGAUCAACGCGAUGAUCAUCAACACCAGAGAUAACAGCUUGGUGGUCGGUGGGGGAGACAACAACAUCCACAUCAUGGACAUGGAAACUGGAGCCUUCACGUCAGUUCUGCAGGGUCACACAGAUUAUAUUCACUGUUUAUCCCUGAGGGAGAGGGAGGGAGAGAUCCUGUCAGGAGCAGAAGAUGGAGCCGUGAGGAUGUGGGACUGGAGGACGGGCUGCAGUGUGCACUGUGUGGAGGUUUAUAAAUACGAGGAAUGCGCUCGCCCCCAGUACGGGAAGUGGAUCAGCUGCGUGGCGACAGAUUCUGAUUGGAUGCUGUGUGGUGGAGGCCCCGCCCUCUCCCUGUGGCAUCUCCGAUCCAUGUCCCCCACCUCCAUCUUCUCACUGAGUGGCUGUCAGAGGGAAGCCAUGUUUCAUCAGGACCUGAUCUUUGCAGUAGGUGAGGGUCCGCACGUGUCUCACUGUCUACUGGGAGGAAGUGUGAAGGCUCAGAUCCCCUGCACUCCUCCGUCACUGAACACACUCGCCCUCAACCUGGGCACCACUGAGCACAAGGUGAUGACUGUUGCAGGCAGCAGCAACCAGAUUGACGUUUUCACCAACUUCUCCUACAGAGCCUUCUCACUGUCCUUCUGAACAUCUCACACACUUUCAGAACGUCCUCGAAGCUCGCUCGGUCCGUCAGUAUCACUCAAACACAGUCGGUUUUGUAAAUUAAAGCAGCAGUGUGUAAUAUUUGGAGCCUUCCUCUGAGCUGCCUGUCACAAUAAAGUCACGCGGAUAUGCUUUUCAUCUUCUCCUCUCACUGACCACACCCUUUCUGUUAGUCUAAUGAGCUGCGUGAAGGAAAGUAUACAAGACUGGGUAGCUGUUCAUUGAGUUUGGGGUGGAGCUUAUUUCUGGGCUGGGGGAUGUAAGAAAAUUGUCACCUGAAAUGAAGAAACUAGGAAGAUCUGUAGCAUGAAAAUAUUUCAUGACGGUUUUUUGAAAGAAUAUUUGACAUUGUGAUUUUGUCAAGGUGUAGAAGUAUUAUUCAAAACCCCGAACCGCCGCUUUAAAGACAGGACGGUUAAUGAGAGGAGGGAUGGACCUUCAGCUUGUCUUUCAGCUGUGAAAUAAACUUUUUUUUCUUUAAGUAAAUUCACCUCAACUGAGAGAAUCCUCUUUCAGUUCAUAUGUAAUCCAUCUUUUAUGUUAUUAAUAAUAAUAAUGAUAGUAAUGUUUUUAUUCAUAGUGGAUUUGUAUAAUAAAAUAUUUUCAUACAGUU